AUGGAGGAGGAGGAGGAGGAGGAGGAGGAGGAGGUGGUCACCGUCGAUUUAAAUGUGAACAAUAAAAAUGAGAGUGUGGAACACAACCUUGUCAUGGAGAAUAUUCUCGAUGACUCAGAUCAAAGAGUUCUUCUGGAUAAUUGGUCAGGAUAUGAUUUGGAUUUAUUCACAAACCCACAGCACUAUUAUGGUGAUCUGGAGUGUGUGUUCAUCCCCCAUGGUAUCAGAGUGGACAGAACUGAGUGGCUGGCUGAGGAUGUAAUGAAAGACAUAGGCUACCAUGAUAUUCUGAUCCUGUGUGUACUGAAAGGAGCUUACAAGUUCUGUGCUGAUCUUGUAGAACACCUCAAGAAUAUCUGCUGGAAUUCAGAUCGAUUUGUCUCUAUGAAAGUUGACUUCAUCAGACUAAACACUUACUUACAAGGUAAGUUGUUACAUAAUGAUUGGUCCAUGGGUGAGAUGCAGAUCAUUGGAGGCGAGAAGUUAAGCGAAGUUCAGGGCUUGAAUGUCCUCAUUGCUCAGGAUGUUGUUGGAACCGGGAGGACCAUGACAGCCCUGCUCAGCAGCAUUGAGAAAUAUAAACUCAACAUGGUAAAGGUGGCCAGUUUACUGGUGAAGAGGCCAGCCAGAAGUGACAGCUUUAGACCUGUGAAUGCUGGAUUUGAGAUCCCAGACGUCUUUGUGGUGGACUACACCUUGGACUACAAUGAGUACUUCUGAGACCUUAAUCACAUUUGCCUGAUGAACAAACAUGGUAAAGAAAAAUAACAAAUACGAUGA